AUGGCAUGUGAUCAUAAUAUUAUACUUGCAAAUAAUGUUCAUGUUAAGGUAUCAAAAUGGGUUAAAAUUGAGGCAACGUUAAGUAAAUUGGAUAAUAUUAAACUACCUAUUAUUGUUUAUAUAAUGCCUGAAUUAUCACAAGAAUUAAUUUUAGUAACAAAAUUUUUAAGGGAAAAUAAUUUUGAAAUGAACCUUACCAAUAACAUUGUAAAGAUAGCAGGUGUAGAAAUCAAACUUGAUACUAAUAAUUUAUGGAAAUUAUCUCCACCAGGACAACUUCUUGAAAAAAUAGAUCACCUCAACGUUAUGUCAGAGAGAAUAGAAAAAUUAAUUAAUAACUACAAAACAACCACACCUGAACUUGGGUUAAUUACAAAUGUUGAAAUGAGCAUAGAACUUGAAGAUGAUCAACCAAUAAAUCUUAAACCUUAUUCUUUCCCUUAUCAGUCUUUGAAUAGUAUAAAACAAGAAAUAGACAGGUUGUUAAAACUUGACAUUAUUAGAAAAAGCACUUCUAAGUAUGCGAGUCCUGCAUUUCCAAUACUUAAAAAGAAUGGAAAAACAAGGUUAGUUGUUGAUUAUAGAAGGUUAAAUGCUAAAACUAUAAAGUGUGCAUUUCCAUUUCCAGAUUUAUUCCAAGAAUUAAGAAGUUUAUCUGAAUGUAAAGUAUUUUCUCAGUUAGAUUUAAAUAUGGGAUAUCACCAAAUACCUAUUAAAGAAAGCGACAAAGGAAAAACUGCUUUUGUUAUAACAGGUGGUCAUUAUGAAUAUAAUAGAGUUCCAUUUGGAUUAACAAAUGCUCCUAAAAUUUUUCAACGUGUCAUGAAAGAUAUGCUGUCAAAAUUUGAUAAUGUGAAAGUAUUUUUAGAUGAUAUUUUAAUAUUCACAGAAACUUUGGAAAAGCAUGAAAAUAUACUCGAAAGGUUAUUAGAAGUCUUUAAGAUAAAUAAUGUAUCUGUUAAUUUUGAAAAAAGCAACUUUUGUAAAUCAGAAGUGACUUAUUUAGGUCAUAUUAUAAAUGGUGAUGGAAUCAAAACUGAUACCAAAAGGGUUGAUAGAAUAAAAGCAAAAGUAAAUCCAAGAACCAAACGUCAAUUUCAACAACUUUUAACUGCUUUAAACUUUUUGUAA